AGUUUCGAGAAACGCUGUCUGGUACAAUCUUUAGUAAUUAUCCAGUGAACGCAGUAGCACGCAUUGCACUCCAUUAUUGCUAUUUUAUCGUCAGUCCUGCGCCAGGGCAUAUUUUCGAUAUCGUUUUGUAAUAUUUGAUUUUUACCAUUUUCUUCAAUUAAUCCAGGAGACCAAUUUAUUUGAGAGAUUGAUUUUACCUUGGUCGAGUUAUCACGGUAAACAAGAUGGUGAAAGAAACCACUUUUUAUGAUGUCCUCGGUGUCAAGCCAGGGUGUUCACAAGAUGAUCUCAAAAAAGCUUAUAGGAAACUUGCCCUUAAAUAUCACCCGGACAAAAAUCCCAAUGAAGGAGAAAGGUUUAAACAAAUAUCACAAGCGUACGAAGUAUUAUCUGAUCCAGAGAAGAAACGCAUUUAUGACACUGGCGGUGAACAAGCAUUGAAAGAAGGAGGAAUGGGCAGCCACUUUUCGUCUCCCAUGGAUAUCUUUGACGUAUUUUUCGGUAGCAGUUCAAGACGCAGGGCGCGGAAAGGCCAAGAUGUUGUGCAUCAAUUAUCUGUUACGCUUGAAGAAUUGUACAAAGGAACCACGAGAAAACUCGCUUUACAAAAGAACGUUAUCUGUGAAAAAUGUGAAGGAUAUGGAGGUAAAAAGGGAUCGGCAGAGCAGUGUACUACAUGUCACGGUUCUGGUAUGGUAAUGCAAAUUCAGCAGCUGGCUCCGGGUAUUGUCCAGCAAAUUCAAUCAAAGUGUUCAAGCUGCAAGGGUCAGGGCGAGCGUAUCAACCAGCGAGACCGAUGCAAACACUGCGGUGGCAAGAAAACCAUCCGUGACCGAAAGAUUUUGGAAGUUCACGUUGAUAAGGGUAUGGUUGACGGUCAGAAGAUUGUUUUCAAUGGCGAAGGUGAUCAAGAACCCGGUCUUGAACCCGGUGAUAUCAUUAUUUUACUUGAUGAAAAAGAACAUCCCGUCUACAAGCGAGCUGGAAACAAUUUAAUCCUACCAAUGACAUUAAAUCUUACGGAAUCAUUGUGUGGAUUCCAGAAAAUAAUUCGUACUCUCGACGACCGAAAUCUUUUGAUAACGUCAUUACCGGGGCAAGUUGUGAAACAUGGUGAUCUUAAAUGUAUACCAGAAGAAGGUAUGCCGCUGUACCGAGAUCCAUUCACAAAAGGAAAACUUACGAUUCAUUUCACUAUCGAGUAUCCAAAAUCACUUGAUCCAGCCGUUAUUCCACAAUUAGAAAGUUUGUUACCGGCACGUGAUCAGGCAAUCAUUCCCGAUGAUGCUGAAGAGGUCGAUUUGCAAGACUUUGACCCUAUGUUAGACGCCCAACAACAACGUGAGCGAGGAGGCGAAGCGUAUGACGAAGACAAAGGUUCAUCUCGUGUUCAAUGUGCUACACAUUAAUUAAUUAAUAAAUAAAUAAAUAAAUUUAUUAAUUUACUAAAUGCUAAUUGUCAAGAAAACAAGAUAAAUUCAUCAGAACCACUACAAUAAUUAUUUUAUUUCUUAAAUUAUUACGAUGAUAAUAACAAUAAUAAUUAUAAUUAAAUGAUCAACUCAACAUCCCAAUUGCCGCAUCAUAAAUAUAAUAUUAUUAUUGUGAUCCCCUGGACAGUAGCGUAAUAAUAAUUGUUAGGUUUUCAUUAAAUUAAUCAAGUGAUAAAAAUAAUUCGAAUUGAAUAAACAAUAAAAUUGCAAUAAUAUCUAAUUAAAAAAUUUACAAUUAAAAUAAGACAUUAAGAUGAGCCUUUGUCCAUUAUAAUUACUGUUGUUUUUCCUUUUGUCCGUAAUACAGACGGAGCGAAUUGUACUUAUAAAUCAAUGCGCUCUUUAGAACGAUUAUAAACAUUAAUAACUAAUUAAUUAAUUGAAACAAUAAUAGUUAUUUAAUAAUAUUAAUAAUGAUGAUAAUAAUAAUUAUUCAAAUAAAAUGAAAGUGGCUGAGCUAGCUGAGUUAUGUCCGUAAAUUCAUUGAUCCUAGCUCCAUUAAAGCUGUUUUUUGUUUUUAAAUCACUGCUUUAGAUAGAAAUAACUUAUCUUAAUUAAUAAAUUUAUCUAAAGAAAA